UGGAUUUGGUGGAAAAACGAGAUGUUAUUUGAACUGCGCUUUAUAUUUACUUUUUUUGCAAAAUGUAUACUGUAACACACCUAGAGAUGUUGUUCAAGUAAAGAGAUGAUUUCUGACCAUUUAUCGUUACAUGUCUGUGAGCAAAGUAAUACGGAUUUUCGAUGAAUUAUCCUUCCUUUGCCGUCAUCGAAAUCGAAAGUUCAAACAUUUACAAAGAUGACAACGACAGGAGAAGAAAAUUAUCUGAGGUCAUCUCUCCUGCUGUUGAAGGGAGGUACGUUCACAGCAAGAAAGGUUGUUAUUCGAGAAGAACAAAAAGAAAUCCGAAAGUCUGGUCGAGAUCUUGACGAUCUAUUGAUGGAUAACAAGGGAAGGCUUGAACAUGAAUUCCGAAAUUAUAAACACAGGCAGAAACUGUUCCCCGCUGAUGGAAAGACUAAAUUUGAGGACUGGGAUAUUUCAUUAUUGACUGGUGUCUUGCAAGUUGUUUUUCGAUCUACACUGAGUGAAAAAGAAAGGAAAGCCGUAAGGUCUAUAAAACAUCAAAGAAAUGAUGUUUAUGCUCACAGAGCCACAGCAGACCUUUCAGCUGACAAUUAUUCAGAUGUCUGUGAUGAGUUGAAGGAAGCUUUGAGGAACUUAAUGUCAGAGUUUUCUGGAGAAAUUAAAACUGAAUGUGAAGACAUAAUCGAUUCAUGUCUUAAUGGCCCAAUUGAUAUAAAGUCACAUAUUGAACAUCUGAAACGUGUGUCUGAUACAGAUAACAUGUUUCGUACAAUCUUAGAAAAAAUAGAUAAAAAUGGAAAAGAAACAAUGGAAAAUAUCAAAGAAGUUGUUGGACAGCAGCAUGUAAGUUUAAAGAAGGAUAUUGCAGAAGAUAUAUCCAACAGUCAGGAUGUUAUUUGCAGAACUGUCAGAGAUACACAGUUGACUAAAGCAGACUUCACUACACUUGUAAGAGAUGCAGUUCAACAGGCAUUACAAGAGCAACGAAGUACAAGAAAAGUGAAAGUUGUUGAUUCAGAGCUUGAAGUAAGUGGAAAGGAUGUUGACAAACCAAAUAUUGACCUGGCAGAACAAAUGAUAAAAACAGUAACAAAUGAAGCAAUCAGGAGAACACAGACGUCGGAAGAACUUGUUGAUAUCCGGGAAGCCAUACAGGAAAUCCUAGAUGAGAUAGCAAGCAGGACAGGCGUCAAAGCUCGUGAAGCAGACAUAGGCUGUGUUGUGAUCAAAUUCAGUUAUGAGACAUACGAACAACUGCUAAAACUUCUUGUAUAUCUGGACAGUGAGGAUAUAAAACUUCGAUUAGCUAAAUUAGCGGCGUUACUGAGUCAUCACCUACAGACAAAAGAGGAACUGCAUUUGUCAACAAGUCUUUCCAUUAAAUGUUUGCAAAACAUUUUGGAUGAGCUAGAAAAAGAAUCUCGAAGCGAGUACAAGCGCACUAUACAAAUACCAAUCCAGUUUGAAUCUGUAGAGGGAAUGGCACACGUCUGGAACUAUUUUGAAAAUGGCGGGGCUACAAACAGUUUAAACAAACUGUCGGAAGCAUUAUCAGCGAAGCUUGGAACAAAGAUAACGCUGACAUCAUCACUAAAUGUGGAUCAGUUUAAAUCAGCUUUGGAUGAUUUUGGUUCAGAGUAUACAUCAACCAGAUUGACAGACCAGUUGCAAGUAGAUGAUACUACACAAUCAGUUGAUGAAGGCAGUCAAG